GCCCACUCAGUGGGGUCCACGCCAGUACCUGCAAGCCAGCGCAGACGCUUGAAGUAGAUGGCGGCGUAAAUUGGAAUGUCUCGAGGUUGGUCACGAAGAAUUUCUCGCACCAGGCCUUCCAGGAGGGCGCCGAACCCUCGUGGAAUCCUCAGUCAGGCGUACGUGAUGACUGCGUAGUCGGAGUUGGUGCUCAUCUUGCGCCUCACCUCCCUGGUCUGCGGAAGGUGAAGCCUGUCAGCCGAGCGCGAGGCCUGCAUGGAACAUACUUCACCAACCACCGGUGUCUGGAGUGCCCCUUGGGUCAUUUUUGUCCUGGAAAUGAAUCUGCGGCUCAGAGAUGUACCUUGGGAACAUUCAAUCCAUUUACGGGGAAAAGCAAGAUCAGUGACUGCAAGCCUUGCUUUCCAGGUCUGAUCUCAUCUGAGGACCGAGUGGACUGCAGGCUUUGCCCAGCAGGUUUCACCUGCUUUCCAGCCAAUGGAAGCAUUUCAUUGUGUCCUCCUGGGGAACAUUCUCCUGAAGGGAUUCUCCAGUGUCUAACAUGUCCUAUAGACUCCGUCUGCAAAUUCGGACAUGCGCACAAGUGCGGGCCUGGAAAAGAGCCCAACUUUCAUCACACUGAGUGUAAUGACUGUGCCCCAGGUUUCUACUCCAGUGCAUGUACUAUCCACUGCCUUCAAUGUCCUGCAGGAAAUUACUGUCCAGACAGUGGGAUGUCCCAGCCGCUUUCUUGUCCACUUGGGACAACUUCCACACUAGGUCAGACUUCAUGCCGUAGGUGUAAUGGCACCUCGUCAAUGUGUGGGGGAGUCAUGCCCCCCAACUGGAGGCGCUCGGACCACAGAUCAAGUCAAUCGUGUGAACCGGGCACCUACAAACGCUCGGGAGAGGCUUCUGUCUGUAUUGUGUGUCCAACAGGUCAUUACUGUGUAGGAGAGGUAGCUAUCCCUUGUCCUGCAGGGACCUAUAACCCUAAAGAGGGUCUUCAGAAGAUGACAGACUGCACAAUCUGCCCUGCAGGGUUUUAUUGUUUGGAAGGGACCUCGGCCCAACCCUCCACCCAGUUCUUGUGCCCACCGGGUUUCUACUGUGAGGAGGGCACCGCCAGCCCUCACGGCUCACCUUGCCCCGCUGGAACAGCAGGAGAACAAGUGGGUCAGACAAAUAGGGCAGCUUGCAAAAGAUGUCACGAAGGACGAUUCUGUCCUGCAGGCUCUGUAGCACCUGGCUUGCCCUGCGCUCGAGGAAGGUUCUGUCCAGCUGGCACAAAGGAGGAAGUUCCGUGUCCCCCAGGCACCUUCACCCCUCAUCAAGGAGCAAUAAGUUUGAAGGAUUGUCUGAAAUGCCCCGCUGGCUUCUAUUGCCCCGAGGGGACAAAUGACCCUGUGCCAUGUCUGCCGGGCUUCCUGAACCCCUUGGAGGGUCAGACUGACUUGGCUAGCUGCAGAGAGUGCCAUGCAGGGAAGGCCUGCACUCAAGUUGCUCUGACGGCUCCAGAUGUGGACUGUUUGCAAGGGUUUGCGUGUCCUCCUGGUUCAUCCAAACCUGACGCCCCAACUAAUGCGUGUCCGCCAGGAAGACUGAGCAAUCGCACAAAUCUCACGGAUCGUUCACAGUGUCAGCAGUGUCCGGCUCGAUAUGCUUGUCUUCGAGGAACAGGUGGUAUCCACAGACCACCUCUCUCCUGCUCCGUAGGCCAUUAUUGUCCACCUGGGACCAAGUUCCCCACCCAGUACAAAUGUCCCGUGGGCACUUGGAGUGGUCAGAGUGGAUUGGAAGCUGAAAGUGAGUGCCAGCCAUGCCCACAGGGCUGGUAUUGUUUGGUUGGCUCAGGAGCACCUUCUGGCCGAUGCAACUCUGGACACUACUGUCCGGAAGGGACCGCAUAUGGCACUCAGUUUCCUUGCACCGCAGGCACAUACAGCAUCCACAUGGGCAACAGGCAGAGAGAAGACUGCCUGCCUUGCCCCGAAGGCUCAUUCUGUAUCGAAGGCAGCUCCAAACCUGCUCCCUGCCCCCCCUCAACAUUUCGCCGUCUAAAAGGAGGUCAGGCACUGGAGGACUGCUCUACUUGCCCCGCUGGUUAUUUUUGUUCUCACUCAGCAACUAUUAACCCCAGAGUGUGUGGAGCCGGCAGCUACUCUAACAAAGGCGCUGCCGAGUGUUCUCCAUGCUUGCCGGGCCACUUCUGCAGUAACGAGACCACAAGUGAGGAAGCCAUGCUGAGUGUCAUGGUGUGCCCGCCAGGCUUUCUCUGCUCUAAGGGCUUGGCUCGAGACCCCCGCCGCUCAGCCACCCUCUGUCCUCGUGGGUUCUAUUGCCCUGGAGGAGGGAUCGAUCCCAACCCCAUCCCCUGCCCUAAUGGUACCUAUAGUGAUCGUCCUGGUCUAAGCGAGGUCAAUGAGUGUGUACCAUGUCCAGAGGGGAAGUACUGUUACUCUCAGCAGCCUGAAGAGCACCCCAUCACCGCACCUACUGGCCUUUGUCCUGAUGGCCAUUACUGCCCCACCGGGACUGGGUACAUGUAUUCCAACCCCUGCCAAGCUGGACAAUACAGAAGCACUGCAUCUGGUCACAAUGGAGUGUUGUGUGUCUCAUGCCCGUCCAGGCACUACUGUGACAGAUCAGGAGUCCACACACCCUCUGUCUGCCCUCAGGGUUUUUACUGUCCGGAGGGAUCCUCCUUUGCCCAACCUUGUCCGGAAGGAAGCUUUGGCUCACGCUCGGCUCUCAGCAAGGAGUCUGAGUGUACGUCUUGUGGCGGAGGCUGGCACUGCAGUGGUGUGGGCCUGGCAGAGCCCUCUGGGAUCUGCAAAGGUGGAUUCUACUGCAGAGAGGGAGCCAAGUCUGCAGCUCCAGUAGAUGGCCGGACUGGUGGUUUGUGUCCUCCAGGAAGUUACUGCCCACCAGCGUCCUCCACUCCCAUUCCCUGCCCCGGAGGGACCUUCAGCAACAUCUCUGGUCUUGGAAGGGCUCAGGAUUGUGUCAGCUGUCCACCAGGGUUGUAUUGUUUAGGUUACAACAACACCCAUCCUUCAGGCCCCUGCGCUCCUGGAUAUUACUGCACUGGUGGUUCAGAUACUCCCCUUCAGCACGAAACGGAGCAGGGUUACUAUACAUUGGAAGGAGCAGUAAGACCAGAGCCAUGUCCUCUUGGAACUUUCCAACCACAUGGAGGUGCACAAUCAUGUUUGCAGUGUCAAGGAGGUCGACUGUGCAACCAGACCGCCUUGUCCAAGCCACCACUUUGCCCAAAAGGAUACUACUGUCCUCCAGCAUCUCCUGUUGCCCACCCGUGUCCUCCAGGGUGGUACUCCGAUGAGCCCGGUGGUGAAGAAGUGCGGCAUUGUCAACCAUGUGAUGCAGGAUGGUUUUGCAGUAAAAUUGGCCUCUCUGAACCAGAGGGCCUCUGUGAUCCUGGGCAUUACUGCAUCUCGGCAGCCUUGACAGCCUCUCCAGUUUCUGUGGACUCUGGGGGAGUGUGUCCUGCAGGCUAUGUUUGCCCGAGGGGGACCAAACACUCGCAGCAACACCCCUGUCCAGUUGGAACCUGGAGCAAUACUGCGGGGGCCCAAAACCUGUCCUUCUGCCUCCUCUGCCCACCUGGACUGUACUGCAACACGACUGGAAUUACCCAACCUUCAGGGAUAUGUGACACAGGGUUUUACUGUUCCGGCGGUGCAGUGUCUCCAAAGCCACUCGAUGGUACAACUGGGGACAUUUGUCCCGUCGGACACUACUGCCUUGUCGGUUCAGAAUCCCCUACACCGUGCCCUGAUGGGACCUACACUAAGACCAAAGGUGCAGAAACGUGCAUUGAUUGCCCCCCUGGGAGCUACUGUCUUUCAGGGGAGGGCAUCCAGCCUUGCCCGUUAGGUCACUAUUGCGUUGCAGGGGGUGUGGAUGGCAUCCUACCUUGCCCUCCUGGCACAUACAACCCACAGUUGGGCUUCAGCCAGGUGGAGCAAUGCCUCAUUUGUCCAGCAGGUUUCUACUGUGAGGACUGGGGUCUGUCUGAACCCACUGGGCCUUGCCAGGCUGGUUAUUACUGCAUGGCUGGUGUAAACUUCCCAAAUCCAGAUGGAAACUACAGCACCGGAGUCGGAGGAACAUGUCCAAAGGGGAGCUACUGCCCCGAGGGAACCAGUCUCCCUCUUCCCUGUCCCCCAGGAACAUACUCAGACCGUCUUUACAUGGUAGAUGUCACUGGCUGCAGUUCAUGUCCGGAAGGUCAUUUCUGUGCUACUGAAGGUCUGAGUCGUCCAUCGGGAAAAUGUCAGGCAGGGUUUUACUGUCCGGGUGGAGACAGAGCAGCCACAGGCUCAGAGGGAAGUCUUUGCCCACCCGCUCAUUACUGCCUAGAAGGUAGCGCAGGCCCAGCAUCCUGCUCAGCUGGAUCCUACACAAACCUCACUGGCCAGUCCAUGUGUUUGCCCUGUCCUGGUGGCUACUACUGCCCAGAGAAGACAAGUGACUUCGCCAAGUUUCCCUGCCUGUCAGGCUUCUAUUGUCCCGAUGGUACAAGAUAUGCCACCCAGUACCCUUGUCCUCGUGGCUAUUACAAUCCCGAGCCCAUGACUCAGAGUCUGGACAGCUGCCUGCCUUGCCCCCCUGGACACUACUGUGAAAAGGAGGGGCUGACUAAUGUGUCUGGAAAAUGCAAAGCUGGUUGGUUUUGCGUCUCAGCAGCUUGGAUCUCGCAGCCAUUCGACCUGGAUAAUUAUACAAACAGCAAUUGUCUAUGCCCUGCCACUGACACAGGAGGUCGCUGCCAGCCGGGUUUUUACUGCCCUGCUGGUAGCUCCGAGCCACUUCUGUGCCUUCCUGGAACUUUUUGUAAUAUAUCAGGUUUGGCUUCGCCGAUGGGUCCCUGCUCUCCAGGUUAUUAUUGUGAAGGAGGAGCCAUCGAGGCCAAGCCAACAGAUGGCGAAACAGGCAGCAUCUGUCCAAGUGGGACAUACUGUGUUGAAGGCUCAAGAGAACCACAAUUUUGUCCCGCUGGUACGUUUUCUCCAGUGCCCGGUCUGACCAACAAGGCCAACUGUCAACCUUGUACAGCAGGGUUCUAUUGCAGUGGACUGGGUCUCAGUUCACCAACGGGGCCCUGUGAACAAGGUUAUUGGUGCCCCCCUGGUCAGAUUGUCGCAAACGCGCUGCCAUGCCCACCUGGUCAUUUUUGCCCAAUGGGGAGUGCAGCUCCACAGUCUUGCCCAUCAGGAACUUACCAGGAUCGAGAGAGACAAACUUUUUGCAGGAUAUGUGAGACAGGUUACUACUGUGAUCUCACGCUGAGCCCAGCCAAUGGCUCUUUGCUGAGGCUCUGCCCGAAAGGACAUUAUUGCCCUGCAGGCACAAGCAUGUCCGAGCAGCACCCUUGCCCCGUAGGCUCAUUCAACCCGAGAGAGCACGCAGACACCCUUGUGGCCUGCAUGCCAUGUCCGAGUGGACAGUACUGUCCUUCGCUAGGACUUUCAGAGCCGGCAGGACCUUGCCUUGCUGGCUUUUGGUGCAAAGCGGGAGCAUCCUCUCCGACACCGUUGGACGGGCUUUCUGGCUCAAAAUGUCCUCUCGGUCAUUACUGCCCUGCAGGCACUACUACUCCUAUUGCAUGCCCCAUUGGCACCUGGUCAAACAGUACAGGUCUCCACACGCAGGAGGACUGUCAAACUUGUCUUGGGGGGUUUUAUUGUGACCGAGCUGGGCUAACUUUCCCCACUGGACGCUGCAUUGGAGGGUAUUAUUGUCUCGGAGGAGCUGUCACUCCCUCCCCUACCGAUGGAGUGACAGGAGGACCUUGUCCUGAAGGUUCCUACUGCUCUGAAGGAAGUGCUGAACCAAUACCUUGUGAUCCGGGGACAUAUGUUGCCGUUACACAUGCCACUCAGUGUGAGCCCUGUCCUCCAGGCUGGUACUGCUUGACUGGCACCUUGCAUCUGUGCCCUCCAGGCUUCUACUGCCCUGAAAGAACUGACUUUGACUUGAGAAGCUGUCCAGAGGGAACGUACGGUCCUGACCCGGGUUACUGGUCCGUCUCACAGUGCAAGCAGUGUGAUGGUGGCCAUUACUGCUCCUCCACAAAUGGCACAACUGUCACCGGAGGGUGUCAGGAAGGAUAUUACUGCUCACGUGGAAACACCGUUCCUCGUCCUGUCUCGCAGGCUGCAGGGGAGGGGGGGCCCUGUCCUGUUGGCCAUUAUUGCCCCCAGGCCAGUGUUCAUCCUCUGCCGUGUCCUCGUGGUACUUUCUCUAAUUUCACCAAAUUGCCAUCCCAGGCGGACUGUGAGCCGUGUCUCCCUGGUUCCUACUGUGAGGCUCCAGGUCUCUCGGCACCUUCUGGAAAAUGCUUGGAAGGUUUCUUCUGCGCAGGGGGUGCGGUUCAGCCUGACCCACUUUCGGAAGAAGACGGUGGAGGACUGUGCCCAAAAGGUUAUUACUGUUCAGAGGGCUCUGCGGCUCCUCAGCUCUGCCCCGUGGGAACCGUCAGCGUAGAGGACGGCCAAGCCAGCUGCAGUGCCUGUCCUCAGGGGUUCUAUUGUCCUGGAGGCAGAAAUGGCUCAUUCUAUGAGUGUCCGUUGGGACAUUACUGCCCUGCUGGGAGCUCGUCCAAACACCUCUACCCAUGUCCAGCGGGAUCCAUCAAUCCCUUCACUCGAAUGGCAACGGUCCAGGACUGCCUACCAUGUCCACCAGGUUUGUUCUGCCCGUCACGUGGGAUGACUGUUGCUUCAGACCCGUGUGAGGCUGGUUAUUACUGCUCCUCCGGUGCUUGGUCUCCCACACCAGAAGAUGAUGGUUUGACAGGUGACCGCUGUCCUGAGGGCCAUUAUUGUCCCCAGGGUUCCUCGGCUCCAAUACCUUGCCCUAUAGGACAUUACAGCAACCAAACCAGGAACAGUCAAAUAUUUGACUGCCUGCCCUGUCUUCCAGGGUUCCUCUGCACCACCAGGGGGCUCUCUUUUCCUUCUCUCAUGUGCACAGCAGGGUCCUAUUGUCCAAACCGCAAUACUUCAGUGCCUUGCCCUUAUGGUCACAUGUGUCCACCAGGUUCUCACAGACCAGUACCUUGCUUGCCAGGGACCUUCCAAAAUUUACCAGGACAAGCAGAGUGUGUUACAUGCCCGGCAGGAUUUUACUGUCCUGGCUUCAUGGAUGCCGACACAGGCAAUAUGUCCAGGAUUUACACUCCCACUUUGUGUCCUACAGGAUACUAUUGCCCACCAGGGUCACAGUCUGGUGUUGCGUUCCCAUGCCCAGCUGGCACCUUCAGUGGCCAAAUGGGGUUGUCCACGGAGGGGGGCUGUGAACUCUGUCCUCCAGGAGCAUACUGUGCCUCCUCUGGACUGGAAAAUCCCACUGGGCUCUGCUCUCCUGGUUACCUCUGCAUCAGCAGGUCUGUCUCUGCCCAGCCUGAGGAUGGCCCGACUGGACGGCGCUGCCCUGCAGGGACCUACUGUCCACAGGGUACCAACAUUAUGGUCCCAUGCCCUGCAGGCACUUUCAGCUCAAUAGAAGCGGCAAUGUCUGUGGAUGACUGUCAGCUUUGUCUGCCUGGCCAUUACUGUGGCCAAGCUGGCCUCUCGUCCCCAUCUGGACCCUGCAAGUCUGGAUUCUACUGCAUGGCUGGGUCGAGAACGGCCACACCUUCUGCUAAUAUUCCAGGAGAUAGUGAGUCUCCAUCUGCACUUCCUGGUGAGUCAACCGCAGUUCAUUUCCAUGGAGAUGUGUGUCCUGCAGGCCACUUUUGUGUUGAAGGGAGCGUGAAACCAACAUCUUGUCCCCCAGGCACUUUCCAAGGGACAGUGGGGGCUGAGUCGGACGCCGACUGUGAAGCUUGCUACCCAGGGUCCUACUGUCCGUUCUGGGGGCAGACCUCUGUUGACCUUCUUUGUCCUCCGGGUUGGUUCUGUCCGUUGGGGUCAGUGUCUGGACAUCAGCCAGGAUGUCAGUGCCCGCCUGGCCAUGCAUGCCCAUAUGGUAGUGCUAAACCGUCCAUCUGUGGCCCAGGAGCUUUUCAAUCUUCAUCUGGUCAAUCUGCAUGCAACAGCUGCCCACCAGGUUUUUACUGCACAGAAGGUUCAUCGGUGCCAACUCCCUGUCCGAUGGGCACUGUCGGUCCAUCACCCGGCAGGACCUCCGUCAGUGACUGCUCCCCCUGCCCCCGAGGCGCCUUCUGCAACAGCACCGCUAUGACGGAACCGUCUGGACCCUGCAGCUCAGGGUAUUUUUGUUUACUUGGGUCCUCAGAGGCUUCCCCUGUCUCCCAGCCUCAUGGCGAUAUUUGUCCCCCAGGACACUUUUGUCCUCUGGGUAGUGAAUCACCCAAACCCUGUCCUGUUGGCAGCUUCCUUCCUGAGCCUGGUGCUUCGUCCUUGUCUCACUGCCGCCCAUGUCCAUCUGGGAAAUACUGCGUUGGUCCCGGAGCCUCACAGCCAACAGGUUUGUGUUUUGCAGGGUUCUUUUGUACUGGAGGGGCAGACAGUCCAACACCUCAAGCCAGCUCCUUUCACUUCAGCUGUCUACAUGAAAUACUUCAUGAAAUUUACACCAUAAAGAUGGGCAGUGCGGAUUGGAUGUACAACAACAGGACAUGCAACAACAAUUCCUGCAGUACUGAGGAAGAUUCCAAAUGGGUCAAAUUGGAUACACAGUCAGAUUCCAACCAUAUUGUUACUCACUCUGUGUCACACCUGGAAAGUCCACAUUAUGGGAAAUGUGCCACCUAUAAAGGUGACACGUGCCCCAAGGGUUUUUAUUGUCCUUUGGGUUCUACCUACCCCCGAGCUUGUGACAAUGGUUCUUACUGUAACCACACUGGUCUUGAAGCCCCAGUUGGACCCUGUGCUGAAGGAUACUACUGCCAAAGAGGCUCUGAAGACCCCCAUGCGAUUCUGUGCCCUGCAGGUCACUACUGCCCUCUUGGAUCAUCUCGUCCUCUGCCCUGCCCUCUUGGGACUAUACAAAACUCACGAGGUGGAUUCUCAGUGGAGUCGUGUUUGCCGUGUCCGCCGGGUCAUUACUGUCACCAGAGAGGCUUGACUGCGCCAAGUGGCCAGUGUGCACAAGGCUACUACUGUCCUGUGGGACAUAGGUCGGCGAGGCCAGAACUGCAUGUCUGCCCAGUGGGCCACUACUGUGAGAAGGGCAGUGCAGAACCAACACCUUGCCAGCCAGGCUGCUACCAGCGCAGACAAGGCCAGGGCAGUUGUGAGACUUGCCCACCUGGUUUCUACUGUCAAGAUAAAGGAACUUCCUCUCCAAUUCUGUGCGAGAGAGGCUUUUACUGUCCAAGUGAAUCAGCAACGCAACUCCCCUGCCCAGCGGGCUCCUAUGGAAAUCUGACAGGCUUGAUUGAUGAGUGGCAAUGCUCGUUGUGUGACUCUGGAAUGUACUGUCAAGGAUCAGGGAGGAUUUUUCCCAGUGGCUUGUGUGCUGCGGGGUUUGUAUGUGUUAGAGGAGCGUCUGAACCGUCCCCAGUGGACAACGUGACUGGCUUCUUGUGCCCCCCUGGCUUUUUCUGCUCUGCUGGGACUGUGGUACCACAACCAUGCCCCAAAGGAACAUUCAGCGAACAGAAUGGGCUGAUGGACGAAUCUCAGUGUCGUAGGUGCAGCCCGGGCUUCUACUGCUCAGAAACAGGCCUUUCAGCAGUGUCUGGACCCUGCCUACCUGGCUUCUACUGUCUUGAGGGAUCUCAGACUGCUGCACCAAUAUCGAGUGUGUAUGGUGGCGUUUGUCCGGCAGGCCACUAUUGUGCUGAGGGCAGCAAAGUCCCCUCGCCCUGCCCACCUGGUUCUUUCCAAAAUGAGACUGGGAGGAAAGGAAAAGAUGACUGCAAGCCUUGCCUACCUGGCUUCUAUCAGGAUACAUCAGGCCAGACCGAGUGUCGGCGGUGUCCUGCCGGCUUCCACUGUGAAACUGUCAAGAUAAGCUCAACCAGAGGGAACUCUGCUGCAUUGUCCAAUCCUAUGCCAUGCCCUGCUGGGUUCUUCUGUCCCCGAGAGAGUCAAGACGGUCGCCCCAUUCCCUGCCCCAAAGGAACAUAUGGGCCCAGUCAGGGUCUCACCUCUGAAGGUGAGUGCGUAGCCUGUCCUGCAGGUCUGUUCUGUGGGUCUGAAGGUUUAGUGGAACCCUCUGGAUGGUGCAUGGAUGGGUUUCUUUGCAUGAUGGGGUCCUCAGUUCCAAACCCCACUGACAACACUACUGGGUCUCUGUGUCCCCCUGGUGGGUUCUGCCAACAGGGGCUUAAAGCAGGUGACUGUUGGUCUGGGUUUUACUGUGACUGGGGCUCCAGCAAAGCAGAUCAGAUUCUGUGUCCGCCUGGUUUCUUCUGCCCUCGUGGAACACCGGCCCCUGUUCCUUGUCCCGCAGGAACUUUUAGCUCUAUUACAGGCAACUCACACCUGAACAACUGUACUGAAUGUACCGCUGGAUAUUACUGUCAAGUCGAAGGUACUGUGCAGCCUGCACUGUGUCUUGCUGGCUAUUACUGUCCACCAGGAUUGACAGAAGGAGUGGGCUUCCCCUGUCCACCUGGUACUGUUCAGAACCAGCCCGGAGCCUCAAAUCUUGACGCCUGCCUACCCUGUCCUGCUGGAAUGAUUUGUUCUCAGCCUGGUCUUUCGUGGCCCACAGGAUUGUGUGAGGCUGGAUAUUAUUGUGCCACUGGAUCGACACCCUAUAACUCUUCUGAGUAUCAGAGUAAUUCUACCAGAAGCCCUCUUUGUCCCUCUGGUUACUAUUGCCCCGCUGGAACGGAAAAUCCAAUUCCAUGCCCUGCAGGCUCCCUAUCCAUCUUCCCAGGACUAAAAAGGGUAGAGGACUGCCCCCCUUGCCCUCCUGGACAGUUUUGUGAUAGACCUGCAAGUACACAGCUUUCUGAUGCUCUCCCAUGUCAUGCUGGGUACGUUUGCCUCGGUGGUAGUCCCAGUCCCACACCGUCUGACAGUUCCCAUGGCUACCGGUGCCCUGCUGGCCACAGCUGUCCUGUUGGCUCAACCAGAGCUCUGCCAUGUGAGCCUGGCACUUACAGCCCAGCUUCUGGAGCUUCCGAGUGCACUGUAUGCCCCAGAGGAAUGAUGUGCUCCUCCUCAGCCACCCUGGAGCCUGCUAUCUGCACACUCGGUCACUAUUGUCCUGUUGGAACGGCCCUACCUCAACCUUGCCCUUUAGGGACUUUCAAUAAUCAGAAAGGUGCACACUCCCAUUCAGUCUGCACAGCCUGUCCGUCUGGAAUGUACUGCAGCACAUAUGGUGCUUCAUCACCACAAGGUUCUUGUUCGCAGGGCUAUUUCUGCCAAAGUGGAGCCGUGGGACCAACUCCACAAAACUCUGAUAACCUCUCCAAGAAUGGGCCUUGCCCUGCAGGUCAUUACUGCCCGACAGGGUGCCUCUCUCCAAUUCCUUGCCCUCUUGGCAGCAUCCGCAACACUACUGGAGGUGUGUCACUGGAGAGCUGCACUUCUUGUCCUGCAGGUCACUUUUGUUCUGCUGAGGGUCUCUCCAGCUCAAGUGGACCCUGUGCGGCCGGUUUCUAUUGCCCUUAUGACUUCUCUUCGACCACUCCUUAUUCCAUCCUGUGCCCCGAGGGCCACUUCUGCCCACCAGGUUCUCUUCUACCCCUGCCGUGCCGUAGAGGAGAGUAUCAGCCAAAUCCGGGCUCAGAAUAUUGCAUCCCCUGUCAACCUGGCUUCUUUUGUGAGGAGGCCAUUGUAGGAGAGCCUCAGAUCUGCCCACCACAUUCAUUCUGCCCAGCAGGUACUAUGGUACCACAUUCAUGCCCCAAUGGGUCAUAUAGUGAUGCAAACAAAAGAGGACUACAGGAUGCGAGAGAGUGUUUACCCUGUCCCCCAGGGAGGUUUUGUAGAGCUGGUAGGGUACAAGGCACAUGUGCUGCCGGGUAUCUUUGCAUUUCUGGGAGUGCAGAUUUCACCCCUCAGGGACCAUUACCGGACCUGGCCUUGUGUCAGUGGGGUAUGCAGUGUGCUGGACCGUGUCCACCAGGCUUCUACUGCCCUGAGGGCACAGAAAAGGCUGUGAUGUGUCCUGAAAACUCCAUCAGACGUAACACAGGCGGUGCCAGAGCAGAGGACUGUUUAACAUGCCCACCUCAAUACUGGUGUAAACCUGGAGAGCCAAGACCUUCCCUGUGCCCUGCUGGUCAUUACUGUACCGGUUUGCCUGGAGGUGACAGCAAUGAAUGGGGUUGGCCCCAGCCUUGUCCUGUGUACUCUUAUCGAGCCUCUCCUGGAGCGGCCAGUAAGGGCGACUGCCAUCCCUGUCCUCCCGGUUUCCUCUGCAACAGCACAGGGAUUGUAGAUUAUGCCAGCACUCCUUGCCCACCUGGAUUCUGGUGCAGUGGAUCUGGAGCGCCCAUAUUCUGCCCAGCGGGCACAAAGAGGCUGCAUCCUGGUGCUGCUCAACCCAGCCAAUGUGAGCCUUGUGCUGGGGGGACCUAUUGCCCAGACCCUCAGGAUACAGGAAAGCCCAAUGUGGAGGGAAUCCCAUGCAGGGCCUCUUAUGAAUGCCCCACUGGUUCAGCCUCAGAGAAGUUAUGCAGAGCUGGUUCUUACUGUGGACCGCAAACCGCUGAGCCUCAAAUCUGUCCCGCUGGUUAUAUUUGUACAACAGGGUCACGGUCCUUCAACCUCCCUGAACAACUCUGUCCAUUUCCCUUUUACUGCCCAGCCAACAGCUCUUCAAUGAAGUCCUGCGAUGGAGGCUCACAGCCUGUCAACACCAGUGGGCUGAGAAGAUCCAAAAACUGCUGCUGCCGUGUAUGUGAGGGUGGCACCUAUCGACCCUACCCAUCAACUGUCUUACAAUGCCUGCCUUGCCCUCCAGGAUACUUCUGCCCGCCAGGUACAGAUGACUUUCAGACAAACCCUUGCCCUCCGGGGUAUGUCUGUCCAUCUGGGUCCGCACGACCGACACCCUGCCUUCCUGGCUCUUUUGGCGACCUGACCCGGGCUGAGACACUCGCUGACUGUCAACCAUGUCCGGCUGACACCUACAACAACCUGCAUGCUCAGAAGGCCUGCUUCCCCUGUGGUAGCUCCUCCACUUCACCUCCAGGCUCAUCCUCUUGCACCUGUAUUGGCAAAAAUCGUGCUUUUCAACGCUCAGAUGGUGCAUGCUUGUGCAGAACUGGCUUUAUCUUUUAUAAUGAGCUGGAUUUCAAAAGCUCAACCGCUGACAGUGCGCUGGACUGCCAGCCUGAGCUGUAUAGGAGGUGUGCUCCAGGGCAGGUUAGGCUGGCAGCAUCUAGAGAGUGUGUAACACCUUCUCUUUACUCCUGUAAUAUAACCUGUGGACCAGAUGGAGGAACUCUGGAUGUGGAGAUGGGCAUCUGCCACUGUCAGCGAUAUGUGUCUGCCGAAGAGCUGUGCGACACUUCCUGCCUCACUAAAAUGCCGACACUCUCAGCCCAUUUUUCCCCAGAUGGACGUUUUCUCCUCAGCGUCAAAGAAAGAGACAGCACAGUCUGGGCCAAAACUUUGGUGGACGUUUUAGGACCAGAUCCCCAUACAAAGAAUAUUGAGAAAAUCCAUUUAGUUCAGUUUGACUCUCAAGGAUUGUUUGGUUGGAUUCCCAAACAAAGAGAAGACAUUGAAAUGUUUCUCUCAGAUGUCGUAGCUCCCACACGGAAAAAGAGAACCACAACAGAUCACGAUGAGGGGUUGUCUGUCCUCCCUCGUAUCCCAAACCCAGUUGCCUGUCUGUCCACUGGCGAUAUGCUAAUUUUCCAUCUCACCAUUAAUCACACAGAUCGCAACCUGAGCCACUUCCCCGUCUAUGAGAAAGACCACUUGUUCAACAGUAACCCUAGUUGGGACUUUGGGGUCUUCAGACGUGUGCAGGCACUCAUCAAGCAAUCAAACCUGAAUAACACUUGGUUUGUCCAUCCUUUUUCAGAAACCGGGAAAUAUGUAUUCAUGGACAGUGUUGUCCCAGAUUGGAGUCUGGUGGUAGUGGUGAGUGAGGAUGGGACACUAUGUGACCCACGGGCCUCAGUGUUCCAGGCCAUGACCCCAGCACAACUUGUCAGGUAUGGAGUCACCAAGCAGCACCAACUAAACUUCCUACCGGAUUGGGGAGCAAUUACAGGUCUCUUGAGUUUGGUCUUAGUGGUCGUAGUGAUCGUGACCACAACAGUUGUGGUUCUCUGGCCCAGCAAAGAGAAGCUGUUGUCGCAAUGGAGAACAAAGCCAAAGUGGCGCAGCCUUGGCGACCCCCCUCGUCCUGUGGAGUGCCCAUGCAGUAGAGACAGCUUUUGUGGCUCUCCAGGCAGUAGAGGUGUAGGAGAGGGAGCCGAGUCUGAGGAGCCCGCUAUCUCUAAAGGUGGAAUUGCAUUGGCGUGCUGUUUAGAGGAGUUCAAUGUGAAGACAUUGUAUGACAAACUGGAGGAUCAGAACCUGCAUGUGGCCUCGCAACUGGCCCAACAUCGCAAAGCCACACAAACGUUUUAUCGGAAUAUUAGUCAACAGGUUGAUGGCCUACAGAAUGUCUUUGAGAACAUGGAUGGUAAAAAGCUGAAUCUUCUAAAACAACUGCUGGCAUCCCAGGAUGCUGUGAGGGAUAAAGCAGACAAUCACACUCUUAAAAAGAUGAAAGAUGAAGUUGAAAAAUCCCCAGCAUUGCUAGAAGCUGUUCUCAGAUCUGUGGAGGCACUCUUAUGUAAGCUGAACCAAGUGACUUGGCAGACUCAGGAUCAGCCUUCUGUCCCAGACAUCCAUACCCAGCCUCUUGAUGCCAGGGAAUGUGAACUACCAGCUCAGACCAGCAACAAUGUCACAUUGGAUUCAUCUGUGGACUUGAACCAAACGGAAGUGCUUGCCCAUGAUGCAAUCGAUUCACGGAGCACUGCUCCUUGUCUAAGUGAUGUGGAUUUAUCCAAGCAAGUCAGCACACUGCAAGAGAACCACCAGUCGCUCCAGAGUCUUCCCCCAGCUGAUCCCAGACAACCUCUUCUCAAUGUGAUGUGUAAUUCAGCCCAAGAGAACCCUCAAGUGCCACUCAUUCCCACUGUGUUGGAGAGCCUCUCCCCCCAUCACACUGCUGUUUUUUUAUUUGGCUGUGGGGUGAUGGAGCUGCUUGAAAAAUGCCCCAUGCUCCCCUCCUCUGUUCUCCUCACACUGGCAAAGUCUGUCCCUCUUUCGCCACCGUGUUCUGAUAACAGCCUGCUGGCACAUUGCUGGGGGGACUUUUAUUUUGACGCCAGCAUCGAGUUCUUUAUCUGUCCGAGGCUAAGCUGGACCACGUGGGAAGUUUUAUCGCCACCAUUCUUCAAUCCAUGGCUCACAUAGCAUCAGGAUGCAAUGCCCAGAGCUUGAUGCGGGCUCUUCAUGAUGCGAUCUCAGCCCUGAGUCUACAACUAUUCAGCAUGUCGUUCAAACAGAGCACAGUAGAGGGCGAGGAAAUUACCAACAUCAGAGUUCC